AUGCCGGAAUUGGGAAGCGAAGCGGGAGAAGGAGGAGGUGAGUCAACGCAGACGGAGAUCACGGCCAGUCUUACAGAGUUGAGGGCCGCAAAAGCGAAGUUUAAAACAGCAUUCACUAAAGCGAGACGACACUUAAUAGAAACGACAAGAGAAGAGGAGGCGAAUCGUGAUGACAUCCUCGAAGCGAAUAGAAAAGUAGACAAAACGCAAUACACGGUGAUGCAAACUUUGGAGAAAAUCGUCGCCGCAUACGAAAAGUUAGGACAACAGGAAAACGUCGAGAGGACGCUGUCCGAGAUGGACAAAAUGGAAUCGGAGUUUAGUGAAACUCAGGCAAGUGUUGAGCGAUUUUUUGAUACCUUUAGUAGAGUAGGCCCGAAUAGGGACAACAGUAGAAAUUCCGUCGUGGAGGAGACACGCACGUCGGCGUCUGGUGAUGUACAUGAUGUUCGCCCAUCGUUGGGGCACGACAUGUGGAGACAAUUGAAACGCGUUGACGUUCCUAAAUUUACGGGAAACGUGAAGACAUAUUCCAAUUGGAAAGCAGCAUUUACGGCCUGUAUUGAUAAAGCCCCAGCAACACCUGAGUACAAGUUACUGCAGCUUAGAGAGCAUCUUUCAGGUGAUGCGCUGAAGUUGAUUGAAAGCCUGGGACACUCACCAGCUGCGUACGAAGCCGCAAAGGAGAGGCUUGAGAGAAAAUACGGAGGUGAUCGAAGACAGAUCAAUUUGCAGUUGGAGGAGCUGACAAACUUCCCGCCCUUACGACCAGGAAAGCCUGGGGAUAUCGAGCGAUUUUCGGACAUUUUAGAUCUGACGAUGAUCAACCUGAAGGAGUCAGGAUUGUUCGGGGAUUUAGAUAGCAAACUGCUCUAUUCUGUUAUGAUGAGAAAGAUGACAGAAGGAAUGUUAACAAGUUACCAGCGCUGGGUGCACGAGAACAAUUUUGAUGAAUCGAUCUACGCCCUGAGAAAGUUUGUGUUGAGGGAAGCCGAGUACCGUACCGUCGCAUAUGAGGCCAUUCAUGGUGUAGGCGCAGAGAAUCAAGAAGCAAAGUCAGAUUCAGACGACAGAAACCGACAAUCGAACAGAUACAGGGAGUCAACAAAUAGAGCACACUUCACCGGUACACCACGCAAUAAUAACAAUAACUGCGAGUUAUGCGACCAAACCCACGGCAUAUGGGCAUGCGAUGUUUUCAAACGAUUGGAGAUCAACAAACGUUGGGAAAAGGCUAAACAUUUGGCUCUUUGUUACCGAUGCCUUGGACGAAACCAUUUAGGAUCAAAAUGCGAGCGGACAAGAGAAUGCGGUAUUGAUGAGUGUAAGGAAACACAUCACCGAUGGCUCCACCGAAAAAGGACAUCGGUUAUGCCAGCAAGGAAAGACACUGAGGAGAAAAGAGAAAGAGAUCGCAACCACAGCACAGUCACGUUGAAAACUACUGAUCAAACGAACGAAGAGAAGUUCAUUUCUAUGCGGACUGUACCAGUAAUCGUAAAAAACGGAAAACAAAGGAUAAAAGUGAAUGCGAUGUUAGACAAUUGCAGCACAACGACGUACAUAAACGCGGACGUCGCGGCAGAGCUAGGACUACAAGGAGAAAUUCAGAAGACAACAGUACAGGUCUUAAACGGCAAAACAGAAACAUUUGAUUCCAUGCCAGUUCAGAUAGGUCUUGAGAGUUUGAUUCAUCGUAUCGACAUGAACAUCAUUGCAAAGACAACGAAUAACGUGACAGGCGAUUUGAAGGCAAUCGAUUGGAAUCAAUACGCAGACAGAUAUGAGCAUCUGAGAGACAUAGAAUUUCCUAUAUUCGGGAGAAGAGACACAGUGGAUUUGCUGAUAGGACAAGAUUAUCAAGAACUACAUCUCUCACUUCGGGAUAUUCGCGGCAAGACAGCAGAUGCGCCGAUGGCCAGACUGACAAAAUUAGGAUGGACGUGCAUUGGUGCAAUAGACGGUAGACUGUCUGCCGCUCCCCUGUCCAACUUCACACGAACGUACUUCACACAGUCACGCCAGAUAGUGAUGGAUGAGAUGAAUCAAAACCUACGACGGUUUUGGGAGGUUGAUGACUACAGAAUGAGCGAAAAAGACUUUCAGGUUCUGAAGCCAGAAGAAAAAGCGGCAAUGGAGACAGUGAAGAAUUCAUUGACACAUGACGGGGAACGAUAUGAAAUCGCCAUCCCAUGGAAAGAUAAGAAGACACGACUACCAGAUAACAGAGAGACAGCGCUUGUUCGUCUUCGGUCGACGGAGAAAAGACUGCAAAGAAACCGGAGGUCAAACAGUCAUACAGCGAUACGAUUGAUCAGUACCUGGGAAAAGGGUACAUACGUGAAGUAA